CACACACACACACACACAGAAGGAAAUAGACCCAGCAACAGAAACCAUGUCAAAGAUAAAUCCAUAAAAGUGUUAUGAGGAACCUACAGUUUCUUGAUUUGUUGCCAAUUCUGGCUCUGACAAGUGUAACAAAUAGGAUAAGUGGGUCACUCACGUCUGGUCCAGUCCUGACCGGCCCUCACGCAGCCUACCCGGGAUCCAAGGUGGUGUUCCACUGUAGAUCACCUAAGUCCCCUCCACCAGUCACAUAUGAGCUGAGGGCCGACGGACAUAUUUUGUUUGCCAGUGGGACAGAUCUCCAGGGAGGGCAAUCCGCAUCAUUCACCCUCAAGGUUGCUGAAACAUCUGCGGGAAAAUACCACUGCCAGGCAACAUCUGGAGGAAGAACAGAAGUCAGCAACGUCAUCACGCUGAGUGUAGUCACUCCACCGUCACAUACCACAGUUUCCUCAGAACCCUCCCCCGCAGUGGCCUACGAGGGGUCGCGCGUCGUCCUCCAAUGUGACGCCACGGGUUCCAACCUGUCCUACACCUGGUAUUUCAACCAAGAAGAAGUCACACCUUCCACCGGCCCGCUUUUCCACACCACAGGGAACCAGCUGGUGUUGGACGAGCUGACUCCAGAGCAUUCAGGUCUGUACUCCUGCUACGCUUGGUCCGUACUGGAGGACAUCAGGAGGGUUUCAGUUAGCAGAGAGCUCCGGGUGACUGUCAAAGUUUACGUUUCCAAACCCAAGAUCUCUCUCUCCAUCUCCAAAAUGAAAGACAGCUACCAAGGCAACGUGACCUGCAGCUGUACCAGAGGGAGUGAUCCGGUCAAUUUCUCCCUUUUAGUAGAUGAUAUAGAAAAAGAACCGGUGAUUACCACUCAGGCCCUGGUUGCAUGGUUUAACAUCACCGUGGUUCCGGGGCUGGAUAGGGGCGUGGCCAUCUGCAGGGUCCGAACUGAGCUGCAGGAGCUGAUGAGUGAACCAAUGUCUCUGGAAAUCGUCCCUGUGGGAGGUGAUGUAAAGGUGGAGGUGGAGUAUCUCUACAGUGCUGACUCCACACUGGUCAUGGUCACAGUCAGAUGUCUGAUCGGCCGAGGAACUUUUCCUCACACAUCCUGGACUUUCAACGACUCCGUCCUCAGCUCGGAGACACACAUCGGCGCCCACCUUCCGUCUGUCCCAAAUUAUUAUGCUUUUGCCAACCUUGGACAAACGCUUGUCCUGACCAAACUGGAAUCAGACACCUCUGGGUUUUACCGCUGCAGGGUCCGGAACAGCUACGAUGACACAGGGGCCUGGUUGGAGAGUGAAGCUGUGCUGAUCGCAGUCACAGAAGUUUUCACGUGUACAAUCGAGAAGAUUGCUCUCGGGUUCUUCUGCUUCCUUCUCCUGAUGAUGGCGUUGGGCACAGCCUUGGUUUACAGGAUGUUUCAUCAAGGCCGGGCUCAGGCCCAAGUGGAUACGACACAUUCUGAUGCAUUUCCUCUGUCGAGACCUCCAGUCCUCAGUCCAGUGCCGACUUCGAACAAACAGGAUGAGACUCAGUCUACCUUCUGUGAGUGUUCUGUGUAAAAUGAAGAAUGAAGCACGACAUCUGAAAUCUGAAACGACCAUACCCAGCACUUCAACCUUCAACGACUGCAGUGUUGUGAUCUGAAUUAUAUUUAUCUACUUGACUUAUGAAGUUAUUUGUUACGACACUUAUACACAAUAUAUACAUACAGAUAACGUAUUCUUAGAACUACUGUAUAGCAUUGCUGUUUUUUCAGCAGUUUUAUUUUGAUUUUUUUUUAUCAUCAAUAAAGAGUCACAGACUGACAACA